AUGUUCAAAUUACAAUUUAUUUUCACAUCAUUUAUUCAAUCGGAUUAUCGAAUUGAUAAACUGUAUUUCUUAGAAUCAUUAUUUUUCUCUUUAUUAAAAGUACGUUUAAGUUAUAGUUUUAUAUUGAUUAUCAUUAUGAUAUGCGAUAUUUGGUUUACUACCUCUACAAAAUUGUUAGUCAAUAAUUCUAUUGAUAACCGGAUGAUUAGUAAUAUUGUAGAUAAAGAAUUAUCUGAAAGAUUAGUUAUCAGAUCUUCUUCUAUUAUGUAUGAUAAUUUACAAUCAUCUAGUGUUGCAAGUCCUAUCACUUUCAAUGUAAAUGAAAAUACACCUAUUGGAACAAUUAUCGGUUAUAUACCUGAAUUAAUUUAUCCUACACCUUUAGCAAACAUAAAAUUCACUCUUCCGCAUAAUACAUUUUUUGAAAUUGAUUAUAAAGGUGCCCUACGUGUCAUUGGUGAGUUGGACAGAGAUGAUAAUCCAUAUUUAUGCCUUGAACCUGGUUAUCCACAACAUUGUAUAUGGAGUAGUUUUGCUAUUACAACCGAUGGUCAAUACAUAGGAUUACGUAUUACUGUUAAUGAUUUAAAUGACAACAUUCCUAAAUGGCCACAAUCAUUUAUUUUGAUCAAUGUACAAGAAGAAAUUAAAACAACACAAACGUUUGAAUUGCCUUUAGCUAGUGACCCGGAUUAUGGCAUAAACUCAAUACAAGAGUAUAGACUGAAAACGGAUAAAAUGGAAUCGAAAUAUUUUAAAUUACUGGUGGAAAAACACAGCAUGGAAAAUUUAAGUUUAUACAACUUUCAUUUAGUAUUAAGUGUUAUUGAGUCAUUGGAUCGUGAAAGGCAAGCUUGGUAUAACUUAAGUCUGUUGGCUAUCGAUGGCAAUAAACCAUAUCAUACAGGUACGUUGAAAAUAACUGUUCAUAUAACUGAUGAAAAUGAUCAUACACCAACGUUCUCAAGUAAAAUGUAUCAAGCUGUAAUAUCUGAAGACUUAGAAAUAGGAAGUGUGAUAUACUUAACUGAAAACAAUCAAACUUUCAACAAUGUUGAUCCAUUAGGUAUUCUAAGUGAUGAUUCAUCAUCUAAACUUCGUACCAAAAACCAGUUGCAUGCUACAGAUCCUGAUGAAGGCUUAAACGGUGAAAUUGAGUACCAUUAUGCUGCUUCAACACCAAACUCUGUCCUUGAAAACUUUGAGUUAGAUAAAAAUACUGGACUCUUGUAUAUAGCUCGGACGUUAAACUACGAUAUUGGACCAAAUGAAUGGAAUUUUCAAGUAAUCGCUUCAGAUAAAGGACGUCCACCUAGAUCAAGUACAACUACUGUACAAAUCAGUCUGAGCGAUGCAAAUACUCACGCACCAACAAUCAAGCCACGUAUACAAUUGUCAGAAAAUUAUAAGCAACAUUUAUCUAGAUUGAACAUCAGUAUUACAUCAAAUAAUCAUAACAUAUUACACAUUCCAGAAAAUGUUCCUCAUACAAAUGAUGCACUCGUUGUUUUAACAGUUAGUGAUCAAGAUACUGGGUUGGGUGGUUCUUUUGAAUGCAACUUGAAACCAAAUGAUGUGAACACAUUUGUUAAAAGCAGUAUUUUGUCAGAUAUACCAAGUUAUCCUGACCAUAAAGACCAUAUUACAAUUCAGUCAGUAACAGAACAAUUCUAUUUAAAUUUCACUGGGAAAUUACCAAGGUGGAAAAUAUAUAGUAUAUACGCUACUACAACAUUCGAUCGUGAACUUGAACCUACACAUCUGUUGCAUAUCGUAUGCACUGAUGAAGGGACACCAAAAAUGACCUCCACAUAUACACUUACUGUGAUUAUUGAAGAUGAAAAUGAUAAUGCUCCAGAAUUUACUGAAAAUCAGUAUGAAAUUCAUGUUAUGGAAGAAAAUCAACCGAACUCUACAGUUGGUAGAAUUGUAGCCAUUGAUAAAGAUGCUAAUCAAAAUGGUAAAGUUAACUAUAAAAUACAAUGGCCAAAUCAACAUAAGCAGUAUAACAACUUGUUCAUACUAACGGAACAUGGAAAGUUAAUUGCCACACAAAGUUUGGAUAGGGAACGUGUCCCAAAUGGAUAUAAAUUUACGGUAGUUGCAUUUGAUUCAGGUAUACCAAGUUUAUCGAUAAGCACAAAUGUCCAUAUUAUUUUGGAUGAUAUUAAUGAUUGUAUACCAAACUUUUCUCAAUCGGAAUACAAUUUUACUAUAGUUGAAGAUUUUAUGCAAAAUUAUACUGGACCAAGAAUUAUUGGCAUGGUGGUUGCAACUGAUUGUGACAUUGGAUUGAAUAGUAUGUUAAUCUACUCUCUUCUUGAUCCCGGUUUACCUUUUGAAAUCGAUUCUCAUGGUCUUUUGAAAACAAACCGUAUUAUAGAUAGAGAGUCCCAAUCAAUUUAUCAGUUUACAGUUCUAGCUACUGAUGGUGGAGUUCAGUUAGAGAAUAGAUAUUUACCGGUAAAUUAUCAAAUUGAUGAUUAUGAAGAAGAAAUAUACGAAGUAUCAAAACAUAAAAUAACAUCACAAAAUAAAAACAAUAUUCACACAUCUGCAGUCACUGUACGCAUAUUAGUAUCAGAUCUGAAUGAUAAUACCCCAAUAUUUGUAUAUCCAAACACAAGUGUUUUUAAGGUUCGACUUUCUAUACAUUACAGUUUACUUAAAGGUGAUCCCAAACAUAUAUUUGGAUUACGUCAUGAUACAGGAGAGAUAAUUGUGACAAAUACUAUUCAAAAAUCUAAAGAUGUCCCUACAAUUUUAUCGAUUCAAGCAUCAGAUCGUGGAGUUCCACCGAAAUCUAGUAAAAUAGAUGUUCAGAUUAUUAUCACUGACUCACCACCAAUUGGUAGAAGUCUUGGUACACUUGAUGAAUAUCAGUUGGCUAAUUUAAAAUCACUUGGAUUAAUUGGUAUCACCGAAGUGGAUAAUACUGGAGCUGUUGAAUUGAAUAAACUAAUCAUGAUGUGUAUUGUUGUGUCAACAGCCGUAUUAUGCAUUAUAUUGAUUGUAACUAUUGGAGUGUUUGCUAGACGUACAACUUGUAAAAAUAUUUUCACCUCAAUAAAACAACGUCAAUCUGCAAAAAUGAGAAAGACAAGAGGAAAAAGUAACGUUCCUGAUGUUAUUUAUAAAGAUAAUGAUGAUGAUAAUAAUCAGCCGGAUGAACUUCAAGAAGAGAUGAAAAACCUUAAAGAAAAGAAUUCAGUUGAAUUAUGUGAUGUUUUAUCUCAUGUACAAUAUAAUCAUUAUCAGGAAAUGGCACAAAAAAAUAAUAAUAAUAAUAUUGUUACUGGGGAUUGUGAUCUUUAUAAUAAUAAUAAUAACGCUAAUGAAGAUACUUUUUCUAAAUCAACAUUAACAAAUUUACACUGUGAUAAUAUAUGUUCACCUGAUAUAAGUAUCAGUUUACCUUCUUAUACAAAAAAUAAUUUUACUAAUGAUACAUUAUUUAUGGGACAUUUAGAAUGUAAUCGUUUAAUUACUACAGAAAGCGGUCGAGAAACGCAUAGUGAAAGUUUGGCGACUUCAGUUAUAAAUUCUGUUCCAUACAUAUCCUAUACGCAGGAUGCAGUGAUGACUCUUCCUCGUGUAUGUGCUAUUCAUGGAGCACCAGGAACUGCAAUGAAACUUCUCGCUCUUCCAUUAAAUGAUUCAUCAUAUCUUGGUUGCUCUGAAAUGAACAGAAAUCUCUGCACCUCGUCAUUGAAUGACGCUCCUGUAAUUGAUUCAGAUGUCGAUUCUGGUCGUGGUGGCAGUGUAAAUAAUAUUGGUAGUUCACCAAACAGUGACCAAAUUACUCUAAAUCACAAUGUUACUUCCCGUAAACCAAAUGCUACAGUAUUCCCGGUUCAUUAUGUCGCUGGUAGUCUGAAUUUCAGUUUAAUUCCAGUAUCUGUAGCCACAAGUUUAAAUUUAACUCCAUCUACAUCAUCCAACCCACCUGUACUUUUACCUUUAUCCGAAGUACCAAAUGUUUCAACAGAAUCAACUUUAUUAAACCUAAAAAAUAUUCUAAACUAA